UUAUCACUGGCAAAUGGGUGAUGACUGCAGCCCAUUGCUUCAGCACGCCAGAAGGAUCAACCUACCGCGUGGUUCUGGGUGAGCACAAUCUUGCAGAGGACGAUGGCACCGAGUACAGUAUUGAUGUGGAAAGAGUCUUCAUUCAUGAAGGCUGGAAUCCCAAUAACAUUGCCAAUGGCUACGACAUUGCCCUGCUGCGCCUCGAUUCUCCUGCCUAUAACAAUGGGUUUGUUGAGCUGGGGCUGCUCCCAUCUGAAGGAGACAUUUUGCCCAAUGAUUAUCCCUGCUAUAUUACUGGAUGGGGGGCGACUAGCGUGGAUGGCAGCGUCCCGGACAGACUGCAGGAGGUGUUGCUGCCAGUGGUCGACCAUAAGAUCUGCUCCCAGGAUGACUGGUGGGGAUCUCAAGCAAAAGUCACUAUGCUCUGCGCAGGUGGAGACGGCGUGAGGGCUGGAUGCAGUGGGGACUCUGGCGGUCCUCUCAACUGCUACAAAGACGGUAACUGGCAAGUCCAUGGGAUUGUGAGUUUUGGCCUGGUUCCUUACUGUAACACCUACAAGAAGCCAACAGUUUUCACACGUGUGUCAGCCUACGUGGACUGGAUCCGCAACGUUAUAACAGAUAACGGGGAUUUCUAGAGAAGAAGCAACUGGUGCAUGAAUAUGAGAAGAGCCAGAAUGAAGUAUCUCUGCUCAUUAACCCUCCUCUCAUCCCUUCUACACCUCUUUCAGCUAUUAAUAGAAAAGUUUGUCUAAGAGUAUAAUAAAGUGUCAGUGGUUGCAACCA